UGCACACACACCCCUCACUAAUGCAGAGUGCAGAUUACUUGGAGGGUCGAGCCUCGUCAGUAGGUCCCACAUGCGCUUGCAAGUGUGUAUAUGGAGCUGAAACUUUCGUAGAGACACACUCACUUCCCUCCUUCUUUCCUCUAUCCUGCUCUCCUCUCUCUGCUCUCCCCUCCUCCAGCACACCUUUGUGUUGUUUUCCUUGCCCUCUUCCUCUCCCCCUCCCUCUCCAAACACACUAGUUUUUCCUCGGCUUCUGUCCUAUGUGCUCAGAUUUUGGUUAGUGUGCAAGCCGAGGGUGUGCAGGACAAGAUGCUGCUGAUGCUACAGCUGUUUGGGCUCCAUGUCUCCUUCAAGGCCCACUGAAGAAAACAAGACUUCACGUGUCCCGAGGAACAACAUAACACACAGAGGAACCUAAGACUACCUUUUUUCUUUUCUUUUCCUCACCAGGCAGUUGCAUUUUUGAAGACUCUGGAAUUAAUUGAGAUCUUUAAGACUUAGAAAAACAAAGGAAAAACAAUGCGGACCAAACGGUGCCAACUUAUUGCACAGUUCUUUCUCUUAGGAGUGUUGAUCUCUGUGGUGGACAGUAAAGGAACUUUCUAUGGAGGCCAUGUCAACCCUUUCUAUGGAAACAGAUACAACCUCUACAAGGCUGGACUCAACCCUCACUACUCUCCAAACAAACCCAUGACCCGUCACAAAAAUUUCUGUGCCUACGUGGUCCAGAAGAACAUCACAUGCACCAUGCAGGACGGAGUGGCAACCUACGUGAAGGCUGAGUAUACCACCAAGUGCAUCUGGGGUCAGAAAUGUCCUGUUGUCAUGUACAGAACAUUCUACAAGCCAAAGUACAAAGUGGGUUUCAAAACGGUGACUGAGCUCGAGUGGAGAUGUUGUCCUGGCUACUCUGGAGAAAACUGCCACGAUGGACCUACGUCGCUGCCUGAUGUCAUGAUGCCACCUUUUAAGGGUGCAGGUCUUCCCCAUCGUCCGGGUGUGAAGGGCUUCCCCCAUGGCCCUAGACCCCCAGUGGAUCAGAAACCUGGAGGAGGCCAACUGGAGCCAGGCAAACCCUUCCCCGGUGUGCCUGACCACAGACCGAUACCCACAGGACAACUGCCUGCUGGGAAUGGAAAACCAAACUAUGGAACCAAAUUUGGAAUUUCAGGAGUGACUGGCGAACGUUUGGACCGUAUGGAGGAGGACCUGCGUCGCCUCACCCAGGGCCUCGACACUCUCAACGGAGUGGUGGCUGGUCUUGAGGAGCGACUGCGUACAUCCCUCCGGGAAGACACCAAUAAAAUCCUGGUGUCCCUGCUGCCCAACGCUCCCCGUGGGUCUGACUCCACUGUGGGCUUUGGGGUGAUCCCAGAUGGGACUCCUGAUGGGCUGGAAGGAGGGGAAAGCUUCACUGGAUUUGGAGAUUUAGCGGGGAGAGUGACGGAAGUGAGGGAUGAGCUGCGAGCCAAGACUCACAUGAUUGAGGAGAUUCAGGGGAUGGUUUUGGGUCAUGAUGGCCAGCUGAAGAGGCUGUUGGAAGGAGCCAUAGGCAGGCCCAUCCCCGGCCCUGGCACCACUUCACAUCUAGAUGAAAUCUUAGACGCCAAGCUGGCUGGGGUGAGGGCUGAGAUCCUGGACGGCUUCGAGCGCCGUCUGACUGGCUUGGAGAACCACUGUGAUCAGAAGAUUGGAGAGGUGCAGAGGCAGUGCCACAGGGAUCAUAUGGACGGCCAGGAGCAGAUGCAGCAAUCUCUGGAUGGCAGAGAAACCGGGCUCAGGGAGGAAUUGGGUUCUUUGCAAGCUCAGAUUCAGGGUCUAACUCUGACUGAGAGCUGCUGUGGACAGGUGAACAGUCUGUCUCAACGAGUGCUGCUGCUGGAGGACUCAGUCAAAGAUUUAACAGAAUCUCAGCGGCAGCUCCAGACGGCCCUCACUGAUCAGAGCAUCCACAUAGAGACCCUAAUCGAGACCCGCUUGGUGGACAUAGAGGGCCGACUCAAUGCCACCAGCGGAGGACCCGAUGGGGUGGAAGGGCUUCCUGGUGAUCUCGACGGCUUCAAGACAAUGCUGGAAGACAAGCUGAAGACCCUGGAGGAGAGAGUGUUUGUGGCCGUGGAGGAGCUGAGUAAUGCCACUGCGCCGGCUCUGUUGGAAGGUCAGGUAGUCCCAGCGCUGGAGACUGAGAUUGAGUCUGUCAGGAGGCGAGUCGAGGGAGACUUGAGUGGAAUUCAGAAGCAGCUAAUAGACCUGGAGCUCCUCUGCACCUCUUCUUGUGCACCUUCUGCCCCGCCAGCAGGGGGUGUCACUGGUACUGAAGUAGAGGAGGAGUGUGAGGGAAUGGAGAAGAUGACAGACCGUCUGGACUCUCAUUCUAACCAGCUGGACCGACUAAACAACACCCUGCAGAACCUACUCUUCCGGGUCGCCCAGGAGGAGACGGAGGGCGCCGUGCAGGGAGAGAUCACACUGCUAAAGGUCAACAUCAACUCUGUGAACCGCACUCUGAAGGGCCUAAAGGACUCUAUUAGCUUCAUUGCGGGUGAAGUGGGCCACGCUAAUGCCACAUGGGAGCAGAGGGAGCACCAGUUAGUCAACCAGGUGCAGGGAAUCACCAAACUAAUGGGCCACCAAGCCUCCCUCCUUGGAGCCGGGGAGAGGCGACUUGCCCAGCUGAAGGGAGAGCUGGUGGCCUUGAAGAGACAGUUGGCCGGGGAGCUGAGAGGCUGCCGCACCACAGCAAUAGAGGUGCAGAAGGAGGUGAAGGACGUUGACAGCAGGGUGAGCCAGGUCGAGGGCCAGUGCAACAGCCUGGGAGAGCUGGCAGAGCACCUGGAGAGGAUCAGGGCAGAACUUGAGAAACACUCUGACUCCUACUUGUCCGAGGUGAACGGCACCCUGACCAUCCAUUCAGAACAGCUAGCUGAGCUAAAGAAUGAGGUCAAAGACUGUGUGGCCAGAGAAGCAGCAAACCAAAAAGGAGACCAGUAGCACUGAGCUACAGAUUUUUUUUUUUUUUAAAAAGAGAGACUUUAUGUGUGCUCCUCAUUUCUCAAGUGACGUCUAUCGCUUCAGUCCUUUCUCUUUCAGAUCCAAUCUGCACAGCUGCAAAUUAACUGAACUGGUGAAAGUCAUUUCCCAAGAGCUCUUCACCCCAGUACCUCCAGAUGUCCUGGGUGUUCAGUCCAUUAGUGAUGCGAGGAGAAGCAGACACAAAAUACAAAGAUAUGCCUGUGGUUGUAUAGCUGGGCAAUAUUUCCCUCAAGAUUUAUUCUAUAGGGCAUUUGUUUGUUUUUUUUCUCUCUGAUCAUGAUUGUUUUGUUUAGACAUUUUAUUUUUUUUUAACUUAUAUGAACUGACUGCAUUGUUAUGAUGUUAAACUGUUUGUACUAGAGAAAUGAUAACAAAACGCUGCUACGGGUUUCUGCUGACAAGCACACUCGACAUCCUCUGUGUGGACACUUGUCUUGUCUGUUUGAAGAAUACUGUAUGUCAACUUGGUGCUAUUUACAUUUUGUAAACUUUUGUUUUCCACAUGUGUAACAACGCCUUAUAUAUUUCUGCUUCGACGGUUGUGUUUAUUUCCUGCCGCAUUGCUCCACGUUGUGGAGAAGUUCCAUGAUUCACCAUUGGGGGACAGUGAGAACACAUUACAUAGCAUGGUAGGUGGAAGAGAAAUAAAAUCAGAAACACCCGAGAGCUGUGUUAGAA